GCCGCCGCCCCCCACACGGUGGCGCUCUGUGUGAUUCACAGCCUCCCUGCACUGACCUGCAGAGCGCACUGUAAGAGCGCCAAACACCGACUGAACGGAAAACACUCCUCACUUCUCCCUCUCUCUCCUUUUUUUUUUUUUAGUUUCGGCUGCGUUUGUUUUCUCAUUUUUUAGGAUUUGUCUGAGUUUCUUUUUCAUUUCCCUCAACAACUCCUCAGCCGCGGGUGGAGCUGUCACCUUAAUGAGCCCUCCUCUGUUUCCCCAUGUGGAGGAAUGUUUGCGAGUGGGAGAGCAGAAAGAGGUGGGGGCGGGGGGCCUGGUGAGAGAGAAGGAGCAGAGGAGGAGUGGAGUGUGAGAUUAUCCGCCGUACCUGCUGCCGCCGCCGCCGCUGCUCAGAUUUUAACAGCUUCUUUCCGGGAUCUGAUGCUGCCCGGAGCGCGGAGGCAGCGCCGCUGGAGGCAACCCUGCCUCUGAGCCUCAGGUGGACAGAUGGAGACGGAGGAGGAGGUCGGCGAGCCCCAGACAGGCGCGCCGCACUCCGAGGUGAACGGGGACCUGCCGGGGAACCCGUACCUGAGGGACGGGGUGCUGGACGCGGCGGGGAGUCCGGCCAGGGAGCCGGCGGCGCCGCAGUGUCCCCCAGAGUUCAGCCCCAGCCACCAGUGUGGAGAGAAGAUGCCGUUCCACCAUGUGACGGCAGGUCUGCUCUACAAGGGGAACUACCUGAGCCGCUCGCUGUCCGACAGCGACAGCGACGUUCUGGCCAGCAUCUCUGUGGAGGAGCUCGAUGAGAUCCGGGAAGCGUUUAAGGUGCUGGAUCGUGAUGGAAACGGGUUCAUUUCCAAGCAGGAGCUGGGAAUGGCCAUGAGGUCUCUGGGGUACAUGCCCAGUGAGGUGGAGCUGGCCAUCAUCAUGCAGAGACUCGACAUGGACGGUGAUGGACAGGUUGACUUUGAGGAGUUCAUGACGAUUCUGGGCCCCAAGCUGCUGUCGUCUGAAACGAGAGAAGGCUUCCUGGGCAGCACGAUAGACACCAUCUUCUGGCAGUUUGACAUGCAGCGGAUCACCCUGGAGGAGCUGAAACACAUCCUGUUCUAUGCUUUCCGCGAUCACCUGACCAUGAAGGACAUUGAGAACAUCAUCAUCAACGAGGAAGAAAGCCUGAAGGAAAACUCCGGGAACUGUCAGACGGAGUUUGAGGGAGUUCACCCGUCGAAGAAGAACCGCCAGACGUGCGUGAGGAAGAGCCUCAUCUGCGCUUUCGCCAUGGCCUUCAUCAUCAGCGUCAUGCUCAUCGCGGCCAAUCAGAUGCUGAGAAACGGCAUGGAGUAGCCGGGUGGCGCCAGCCUGCAUGUGCAUGCCGGCUGACCCAAACCAACCCGCCAUGAAGCCAGCACGACGAGCCGCCGGGACUCCUCCCCCUUUACUCCGACAGGGACUGUAAGGGCUGACAUCACAUCCGCUGUCGUCUCUGUUUCCCUGAUGCAAUAAUUCAAACCGAACAUUUAGAAACGAGUGCAGGAGUUGAGAUCCGCUCCAGACGGGAGGCGGGCCUGGCGCCCAGCAGGAGGCUGAUGAGCUGCGGAGGGACGAGCGCCGCCGAAGCACACCAACAUGGCCGCCUGGUUCCUGCUGGGCCGCCGUCCUUCAGCUCUGAUUAACUGCUGACUCUGUGGGCCGGCGUGAGGAAACGCUGAGAGAUGUUUCUGAAUGAGAGCGGAUUGUUUCCCCUGCUGGACGCCGGUCAGAACCCGACCGCUAACAGUGACGUUUUCAGAGAGAGAGCUGAUCUGAAACCAUCGCUUCACCUGAGUUAGAUGCAAAAUGUUUGUAUCUAAACAUGUAAAUCAUCGAUUCAAUCGAGACGAAUCCGUUUUGUUUCGACAUUUUCUUCAGAAUAAGUAGCAAAUAAUCAGAAUCAGAGAUUUGAAUUGUUAAAAA